AUGGAUACUCGAGCGCUUCUCAAACCUCCAGUUCCGUCUCUCGAUCACUGCCUAGACCGAUACAGCGAAUAUGUGGAGGUGGUGGCCGACGGUCAGAAUCGUCCGACUGAGAAUACGCUGCGAGCCGUGCAAGACUUCCGACAAAGUGGCUUGAUCUUUCAACAGAAGCUGCUGAGUAUUGCUGAGCAGGAGCCGAAUUGGAUAAAUCAAUUCUGGUUACCGGAAAUGUACCUUCGAGUUCGUCUUCCAUUACCGGUGAACGUUAACCCAGCGUAUAUUUUUCCACUGCAACACUUCAAAAAUGAAGAGGACUGGCUGAGUUACACAGCGCUUCUUGUAAGAGGAUUUGUCGAAUAUAAGAACAAAAUCGAUACGAAACAAAUCGAAAGGGAGGUGUCUACAGGAAAAUUGAAGGUGAACAUGUGCAUGCAACAAUACGACAGUAUUCUGUCGUGUUACCGACACCCAGGAAUUGAUGAAGACGUACAAGUGGUGAAGCCGAAACGAAACAAAGAGAACGAGCACAUUCUUGUCAUGUGCAAUAAUCAGGGAUUUAUUGUGCAAACGCGUAUCGGUGGAACGAUGCUAGCAUUUGCCGAUGUCCUCUACCAACUUCGUCAGGUGCUCAGAAUGUCUGAGGCCAGAAAAGCCACUGCUAUCCCUGUGGGUGCAUCAGGAGCUGGAGAUCGCACCACAGCGGCCCUUUUUUGGCAUGGGAUGCAAGAAGACGACGAAGAGAUCGAAUGCAGCCCCAUUAAGACAUUUUGCGAUCGGCAAGCUCAAGAAGAGCACUUUGCACUUCAGGGAAAGCACAUCCUCACCGGUGGGGGAAGCAGGGGCCAUGGGCUAAACAGGUGGUACGAUUCCACAAUUCAGCUAGUUGUUAGCAGCAACGGCGUCAAUGGCCUAUGCAUUGAACACUCGUCAGCUGAAGGUAUCGUCAUUAUCAAAAUGGCUGAAAGUGCACUCCGAUAUGAACGUAAGAACAGAAAACGAAGACUGAUCAGCGCUCCAGAACGGCAGAUCAGUGCGAAGGCGUUGACAUGGCAUGUCGACAAGGAAGGGUUGAUGUUAUUGGAGAAACAAAAAGGAACACUAGACGAGCUUACUCAAGACUUGGAUUUGGUUGUAUUGCUGUUUAACGAGUUUGGGCGAAAUUUCAUCAAGGAAGCUGGAUUUAGCCCAGACGGAUUUGUGCAGUUAGCAUUACAACUGGCGCAUUUUAAACUCCAUGGAUAUCUGGUUUCCACAUAUGAAUCGGCUUCACUUCGUCGCUUCCGCUUUGGAAGGGUGGACAACAUCAGGGCGAACACAAAGGAAGCGUUAGAGUGGGUUAAGGCUAUGAUCGGGAAUGAAUCAAAGGUAUCUGGCUUUAUAUCUGCAAGGAGGGAAUGUCAGUUGAGUUACUCACUAGUGCACUUCAGGAGACCAAAGUUAAACUACUGCGAAGAGCAGCAGAAAAACAAGCCAUUGUUACUCAGGAGAGUUCAGUAUCACUUUCUUUUUAAGAACAUAGCCGGUCAAGGGAUCGACAAUCAUCUUUGCGCGUUAAACGUGCUUGCACGUAAAGCUGAGCAGGAGGGUGAGAUCGAGACAUUGCCGGAAAUUUUUCGUGAUCCGCUGUGGGCGGAACUGAUGCGCUUUCCUUUGUCGACCAGUCAGGUCUCCACAUCUGCCGAUAUUACCGACUGCUAUUUGUGCUAUGGUGCUGUGGUUCGUGACGGUUAUGGUUGCUCGUACAAUCUUCAGAAUGACACAAUGAUUUUUGCACCAUCUGCCUUCAAAUCAAAUCCUCGAACUAAUCUACCCGCAUUCAAAAAUUCAAUACAAUCAGCCCUUCAAGAUAUGAAGAAACUUCUUGUAAAUUAA